UUAAUUGAGUUGACAACAGAAUGGAGGCCUCCCCCAAUGUGCAGAGCAAGUCAAAUGAGCUGCUCCUGGCUGCGGGGUUAGGCGAUGUGCAGCAGAUAAAGCGCCUUCUUCCGCAGCACAAGGAAGAAGAUGUGGCGCGCCAAGUCGUCCUCCACGUUGCGGAGGAUGAUUUCGACGGACAAGGACCUGCGGCUGCCAUAGCAGAUGCAGAUGCAGAUGCGGCGGUCACUGCUACGGGAGACUCCAUCCUGCAUGUGGUCGCGUGCGGAGGCCAUGCUCGUUUCUUGGAGUGCGCGACGGUGAUCUUCGGCAGGGCGAACCACCUUCUCGGCGCCCGCAACGGCAAUGGCGACACCCCACUACACUGCGCGGCACGGCUGGGGCAUGCUAGGAUGGUCACCCAUCUCCUGGGUCUGGCAAGAGCCAGACACGGUGAUGGUGGUGAGGUGGUGAAGGGGAUCCUGCGGACGCAGAACGGCAAGGGAGAGACGGUGCUGCAUGAAGCUAUCCGCUUGGAAGACAAGGACAUGGUCGGCGUGCUACUGUCGGCGGACUCGCAGCUAGCCCGUGUCCCGGUGGCCGACGGCAUCUCGCCCUUGUACUUGUCCCUCUUGCUGGGUCUCGGGGACAUUGCAAGGCAGCUCUUUGUGGGAGACGAAGCUGUCUCAUACUCUGGACCAGACGGCCGAAAUGCCUUCCAUGCAGCUAUUCUAGGCACGCCGGGCAAAGAGUCAAUAGAAAUGCUAUUGGAAAGGAACAAAGAUCUUAUCAGACAAGGAGAGAGAUCAACGGGAAGCACACCCCUUCACUGGGCAGCCAAAUGGGAGGGACCCAUCAGAUUGCUACUCAAGGCUGACCCAGCUGCAGCAUAUCUGCAAGACAGCGAUUGGUCGUUUCCCAUACAUGUAGCUGCAUUGGAGGGCAAAGCGGAUGCAGUUUUGGCUUUGCUGGAGAGUAGCCCUUGCUGUGCUGAGCUACGUGACGGCAAGGGCAGGACAUUCCUCCAUGUUGCCGCCACGGAGGCGGAGGAGGAGUUCAAGGUCAGCCUCGUCAGAAAGGCUUGCAUAUGGCAUGGCAAGUUGUUUGCAUCGUCAUCCAUGAACAUACAGGACGAUGAAGGGAACACUGCGCUGCACCUGGCUGUUCUGGCAGGGAAUAUAGACGCAGUCCGUGCUCUGGUGUCAGUACCAGAGGUCAAGCUGACCUUAAGAAACAACAAAAGAGAAACACCAAAGGAAACUGCAUUCAUCCGGGUACACAGGGCGCGGUCGUCCGUCUACAGCUGGAACUCACGGUAUAGAAUACUUCUCUUGUUGAGAGAUGCCACGGGUGUUUCGUCACGGUUCAUACUCCCCAAAAGAGAUGCUCUAGGUGAAAUGGAAAGAUCGCAGAACAUCGCCGGCCACACGCAGAUCAUCGGUCUUGGCUCCGUUCUGAUCACGACCGUGACGUUCGCCGCAGCCUUUGCCGUGCCUGGUGGCUACCGAGCAGAUGACCACGACAAGGGCGGCACGCCUACGCUUGCCGGGCACCACUUCUUCGACGCAUUCGUCAUUGCCAACACACUGGCAUUCAUUUGCUCCGCACUAUCCAUGCUCUUUCUCAUGUAUGCAGGGGUGGGCUCGGACGUAGAAAGACGCAUGUGGUCCUUGUCAAUCUCCCUAAACCUCCUGGCUAGUUCGGCUAGGAGCCUUGUCGCCUCCUUCAUUUUCGGGAUGUACUCCAUACUGGCUCCGGUUGAUCGAAAAACGGCCCUUUUUUCUUGCAUCAUCACGGUUGUCCCGCUCGGGGUGGUGGAGAUGGGUCUGUCCUACAUAAUGUUGAUAAUGGUACACAGUGACAAAGCGGUGAUGACAAGGAGGUUUGUAAAUCUCCAAGGGUGGUGGAGGCUGCGGGGAUUGGCGGUACCAGUGUGGGCCAUCCUAUGUACGCUGAUAUUACAAUUCUGGCCAUACAUUAUCAUUCAGGCUACAUUUCAUUAACAUAUUCCAGUAUUUGGAUACAUACAUACUUAUUUACCAAAUUAUUUUAACCAAUUGUAAUUCCAUUGCAAGCAAAGUUAAUCAUCCCAAUUUUUUUUAUCAUCAUAAUUUGGCAGACGACAUGUAUCUUUUCUUUUUUGCGGGUCUAUGUGUCAUUUGGUUUAGUGUGAAGUACCUUAUGGGCCAUC